GUUUGAGUAUGCUCAUAUAAAAGCGAAAGCAAGUGCUUCAAAAAUUAUUAUUAACCAUACCAACGGACAACGCAAACAUGUAUUCUAAGAUCGUCGUGUUCCUGUGCGCUGCGGGUAUUGCCUCCGCUGGCAACCUCUUGCACGCGGCUCCUCUUUCAUACGCUGCUGCCCCCGCCGUCGCCACAUAUGCCGCUGCUCCCGUCGUCGCCAAGACACUCGCACCUGCCGUCUCCUACCAGUCAAUCUCCACUCACUCCGCACCAGUAGCCUUAGCUGCACCUGCUCUGCAAUACUCUGCGUCCCCUGUUAUCGCUAAGACCCUCUCUCCUGCAGUGUCUUACCAAUCAAUCUCAGCACCUGUUGCUUACGCCGCGGCUGCCCCAGCUGUCCAGUACUCAGCUGCCCCAGUCAUUGCCAAGACACUAGCUCCUUCUGUUUCCUACCAGUCGAUUUCCACUCACUCUGCCCCCAUCGCUACCUACUCUGCCGCUCCCCUAGUCACGAAGACCAUCGCUCCAGCUCUGACUUACGCUGCUGCCCCAGCUGUCUCUUAUGCGGCUGCUCCAGUCCUCAAGUCUGCUGUAACUUACUCCGCGGCUCCAGCUGUGUCCCACGUCGCAUACUCUGGUUUGGGAGCUAGCUAUGGCUGGUAAACUAACGAUUGUUA